GAAACGGAUACGCCGCGAAUUUCGAUUGGAGAGGGCAGUGAAAUGGAACAACGCAUUGAUCUGCUAGAAAGAAACGAAAAACGUUUACGAGAAGAAUUUCAAACACAUUUGGAAGAACGGCUUGAGGAGGAAACGCUAAAAGUAUCGGCCGCCUAUGAAUUGAAAAUUGAACAGGAGAGCAAAAAAAGCAAGAAGCUUGAAGAAGAUAUCAAAACGCUGAAGAAUGAGUGCGAUCAAAAAGCGCAACAAAUUAGCGAUUUGAAUGGCAAAAACAAAAAGUUGAUGGACGAACUAAAUGCCGUGAAGAGCGAAUUAGAAAGGAAAAAUUUAGAAAUAAAAAAUUUCAGCAAAAAGACAGAUGAGUAUUUGAGGAAACGAGAGAAUCAACAGGCUAUGGCUCUUGAAAAGAAAAUUAUGAAUUUGAAUAAAGAGCACGAGAAAAAGAUUGAUCUUUUAAAACGACACGAAAUGGAGAAGGCUGCCAAGUACCAAAAUUUUUAA